GCUGGACUCAUUUCGGUGUGUGUUGAGAGAGCGUAGUACAGUACCUUCCUGCUCCUAUGUUCUUGUUCUUCUUCAGCAUUAGAAACACUCGAAUUGCGGUACCUUGGCAGUGAACCUCGAACGUCGAGUUACGAAACGGUGACUUUAGUGUUGUGUGGUGGCACCUGUGAGAGUUCAACGCCUGCUGCUGCUGCUGCUAUUGCCAUUGCCAUUGCUGCUUUCUGUUUAAGGACAUUUCUAUUGCAUUAUAUUAUUCAAGAUGACCCGACACAGUAUAGUGAUAGCCUUAUUUCUAGUCGUACUUAAUUUUAAUGGAAUUUUAGGAAGAAUAGCAUUCGAAAAACUAACCGACUUCGACUACAGAGGGAACACCUAUUACACCGUGAAAAACCUUUCCCUCUACGAAUGCCAGGGCUGGUGUCGAGAAGAACCCGACUGCCAAGCUGCGGCGUUCAGCUUCGUCCUCAAUCCGCUUAUCCCGGUGCAAGAAACACUAUGCCAGCUGCAAAAUGAAACGUCGGCUAAUAACCCGUCGGCUCAGCCGCAGAGGUCCGUCAACAUGUACUACAUGACCAAGAUGCAACUCAGAUCCGAGAACGUUUGCCUGCGGCCGUGGUCGUUUGAACGGGUGCCGAACAAGAUGAUAAGAGGGCUGGAUAACGCCCUCAUUUACACAUCCACCAAGGAAGCUUGUCUGGCUGCCUGUCUCAAUGAGCAUCGUUUCACCUGCCGUUCCGUCGAAUACAACUACGUAACUUUGCAAUGUCAACUCAGUGACACUGAUAGGAGAACAACGGGCCAGUUUGUUCAAUUUGUUGACGCGCAGGGAGUGGAUUACUUCGAGAAUUUAUGCCUGAAAGGCAACCAAGCCUGCAAAGGAAACCGCAUCUUCCAAACGCCCAGGAUCGGAGUCGCCGACGAUAAAGUCGCUCAAUACGCCGGCCUUCAUUAUUACACCGAUAAAGAAUUGCAGGUGACGAGCGAAGCCGCCUGCCGCCUGGCCUGCGAGAUCGAGAACGAAUUCCUGUGCCGUUCCUUCCUGUACAAAGGAUCACCGCAAGGAUCGCAAUACAACUGUCAGCUGUUCCAUCUCGAUCACAAGACGCUUCCCGAUGGACCCAGCACGUAUCUUAACGCCGAGCGCCCACUUAUCGACAACGGAGAAAGAAUCGGAAGCUAUUUCGAGAACAGCUGCGAGAAGCCAGUCGCUCCAUCCUCACCAUCGGGCGCCCCAUCAGAUAAUACGCUGCCCGUCGUGUUCGAAGCCACAGAAGAUCCAACGCUGAAUAAUUUAACCAGAGCCGAUGUUAACUGCGACAAAACUGGCACUUGCUACGAUGUGUCCGUAAACUGCAAGGAUACGAGGAUCGCGGUGCAGGUCCGUACGAACAAGCCUUUCAACGGAAGAAUUUAUGCCCUCGGCAGGUCCGAAACAUGCAACGUGGACGUUAUCAGCAGCGAUCUGUUCAGACUGGAUCUGACCAUGACUGGGCAGGACUGCAACACUCAGUCGGUGACCGGCGUCUACAGCAACACAGUCGUCUUGCAGCAUCACAGCGUGGUUAUGACCAAGGCAGAUAAGAUCUACAAAGUCAAAUGUACUUACGACAUGUCGUCAAAGAACAUCACCUUCGGAAUGAUGCCAAUUAGAGAUCCCGAGAUGAUUAGCAUCACGUCCGCUCCUGAGGCACCUCCACCAAGGAUCCGCAUCUUGGACAGCCGCACCAGAGAAGUCGAAACUGUACGCAUUGGAGACAAACUCACCUUCAGAAUCGAAAUUCCAGAAGACACUCCAUACGGUAUCUUUGCAAGAAGCUGCGUCGCCAUGGCCAAAGAUUCCAAGAGCACCUUCCAAAUCAUCGACGACGAGGGAUGUCCAGUGGACCCUAGCAUUUUCCCCGCCUUUAUCCCAGACGGCAACGCAUUGCAAUCAGUAUACGAGGCUUUCAGAUUCACCGAGUCAUACGGAGUCAUCUUCCAAUGUAACGUCAAAUACUGCUUGGGACCAUGCGAACCGGCUGUUUGUGAAUGGGGCCGUGAUUCAAUCGAAUCCUGGGGCAGAAGGAAGAGGUCCGUCAACAAUGUAACCGACGAAGAAAAGGAAGAAGACAUGACCUUAAGUCAGGAAAUCUUGGUUUUGGACUUUGGCGAUGAAAAACAAUCAGAAUUCUUGAAAAACGAUUUAUCCAGCGCCGAAUUCGGUAAAGAUAAAACUGUAACAAUUAUUGAACCUUGUCCCACGAAGACAUCCGUUCUUGCCUUGGGCGUCACUUGUGCCUUAUUAGUUCUACUUUACAUUAGCACCUUAUUCUGUUAUUACAUGAAGAAAUGGCUCAACCCCGGAAAGCACAUCGCUUGAAUCCGUUCAGAUUAAAUAGACACUCUGGUGCUUUAAACAUUUAUAAUUAUCCAGUAUUUAUUAUUAAGAUAUUACGUGAUCUUUCUGUUAAGUUGACAACAAUCCACUAAAAAUAAAUUGCGAUAAUUUAUUACAUUUGUUAAAAUUAACGCAAUUUUAAGGGUGUUAACUUGAGAAGAAACAUCAGUAACAUGGGAUUUCCCAAAACAAUUGACAAAAAGACGCAAUAACUUAGUUUUUAAGUAACUGAAUUUUCGGGUAGGUGGCGGCCUCUGGUGUCGGGAAAGCUUUACAUCUGUGACAUAUUAGGAUUCACUAAAUAGCAUUUUACCGUUACAAAAAACUUUACUUCUUUGAUCUCUUACACUGAAAGUUUCGCGAUCAGAUCGCGUUACUUUUUUUCUUUGACGCACUGAUUUUGUUCCUAGAACAAUUUUGUACCGGUAAGAUAUACGACUUGAUCUUUAGUGGUAUUCUUAUAAAGUAUUUAUUUUAUUUAUUGUUUAAAUAAUUUUUUGUACAUAACUAAAUUUAAGAACUAUUUAUACAAUUUUAUAUUAAUAUGAUUAAUG